UUACUUUUCUCUAUGGUUGUUAUCACAGUUGUAAUUAUUGAUAAUAAUAUUUUCUUCUUGAUUUAAACGAAAUAAUUGUAAGCAAUCAUGGAUACUGUUGUUAAAAGUAUGUUGGAAGAGGAACCAGAAGAGGAGAAAAAGGGUUUAAUGUUUAUGGGACGAGAUUUGUCGAAGAUACCAUGCUUCCGGGAAAGUUUCCUUUAUGGCAUUGCAUCAGGAGUAGGCGUUGGAUUAGCAGCUUUUCUCAAGACUUCAAAGCCUAUGAUGUCUCAACAUAUUGGGUUCGGAACAUUCACUGUAUCUACUCUAGUCUAUUGGGCAUACUGUAGGUACCAGUGGUCCAGACAAAGAUUUGACGCACAGUUGCUACAAGAAGCUUUGAAAGACAAAAUAAAGUAUGAAGGGACUGUUAUUGAGAAGGAAUUAGAAUCAAAAGGUGUUUUAAAGUCAGCGUAGGCAUUUUCUUUAUAUGUAGUUCAUAUUGAGCCAAGUAUAAAAUUGCUUACUUUGUAACAACUAGUUUUGCAAAAUUGGAUAUUUAUUUAUGU